AUGUAUCGAAUUGUUAAAGAAACUAUCGGCCAUCUAAGCAUGGUCCCUAAGGUACGGCCAAUGUCCUCGAAAGCCCCGAAGAACCGGUCGGGAACGGGGAGCGAGAAGUGCAAGCAGAAAGUGUGCGAAGACCGUGCCCGAGAUUUGGGCGUGUUCGAGGGCACCGUGCCGGAGCGCUUGCAGGUGGCCAGCCCGCAGAUGUGGCGACCCUGUCCGGAUCCGCCGAAGCCGCGCGAGUUUAGCUGCGACGAUGCCGGUCUGCUCAACAUGACCCGUCGGAGACGCGAGCCGGUGCUUAAGAAGACCAGCUGCACCUCGCCCGCUCCCAGCGUUGAGGCGCCGGAAUGCAUCAAAAUCAAGGAGGACUUAUGCCUGCGCGUGCAGGUGCCCGGUUGCGGCAAGGUUAAGUUUCCACCGAAGUGUGACGCACCCUUGCCGGUGCGCGAUUGCGUCAAGCAGAAGGCACCGGUUCCGGCGUUCUCCGAGGCGUACAAAAACCCCUUCCCACCGCUACCGAUCUCGGAGUGCUUGUGCUACGAUGCGACCAAAAUGUGCUAAAUUCUUUUUUUUUUGGCACGCGGCAUGCAACACACAGUUGGCGAGAAACGGUUGAUUCGGCGUAUUGAUUUUCCUAUGCAAUAAUUAUUAUAAUUUACGCAUAAAGCUUGCUCUGUGCCGUUAUCGGA